CGAUGACGUCACCCCUUUGCCAGCACUCACCCACAGCGGGAGCAGCGGACGGCAAACAGAUUCCCCCCGCCCAGCUGUCAAGCGAGAUAUCGCGAUAACCUGACAGGAGCUGGUGGGAUUUGGCCUUGAGCAAGGUUCAGCCCUUCUGGGGGGGUAAGUUUGUAAACACGGAGGGUGCAGAGCGGCAGUAGAACGGGGGAGGACUGGCAUGCCCGCUGCCCUCUAACAUGGCGGAACGGGCACUACCGUAACCAUUGUUGUCAGGCUGGAGCUGCUGAAGGAGCCGCAAGGACAGCAGCCCCCUUUUCCCCAGUGCAGAUGUCAGGUAAUAACAAGGACCUGUAGAAUAUGAGUGAUGAUAAACCAUUUGUAUGCACUGCCCCUGGAUGUGGCCAGCGUUUUACCAAUGAAGAUCAUCUGGCGGUACACAAGCAUAAACAUGAGAUGACACUGAAGUUUGGGCCUGCUCGCAAUGACAGUGUAAUCGUUGCAGAUCAAACGCCGACACCGACUCGAUUCCUAAAGAACUGUGAAGAAGUGGGUCUUUUUAAUGAACUCGCGAGUCCGUUUGAAAAUGAUUUUAAGAAGGCAUCAGACGAUGACAUCAAGAAGAUGCCCCUUGAUCUAUCUCCUCUUGUAACUCCUGUUAUAAGAAGCAAGAUUGAAGAGCCAGCUAUAGUUGAAACAACACAUCAAAACAGUCCAUUACCUCAUCCUGAGUCUACAACAAGUGACGAAAAGGAAGUGCCAUUGCCAACCGCACAGCCCACAUCUACCAUUGUUCGAUCUCCAUCUCUUCAGGUUCCUAGUGUGCUGCUUACAAAUUCGGAAUCAAGUGUUAUUAUUCAACCAGCAACACCUUCCCCAACAUCCAGCUCUGUAAUUACCCAAGCGCCACCUUCUAACCGGGCCAUAGUACCAGUUCCAGCUCCUUUUCCUCUCUUGUUACAUCUACCUAAUGGACAAACCAUGCCUGUUGCUAUUCCUGCCUCAAUCACCAAUUCCAAUGUACACAUACCUGCUUCAGUCCCAAUUGUCAGACCUGUCACCGUGGUGCCUACUAUCCCAGGAAUUCCAGGCCCUUCAUCGCCCCCACCUGUCCAGUCAGAGGCAAAGCUGAGAUUAAAAGCUGCUUUAACCCAGCAGCAUCCUCAGGUAACGAAUGGUGAAACCACCAAGGGACAGAGCAGCGGAGUAGCAAAAAUUCAGGCAGAAGAAUCCCAUCCACAGUCACUACAGCAGCCUGCCACAUCCACUACUGAAACACCGGCCUCUCCAGCUCCCCCUGCACCACAAACCCAAAGCACAGGGGGGCGCCGGAGAAAAGCAGCAAGCGAUGACCCAGAUGAGAAGAGGAGGAAAUUUCUGGAACGGAACCGUGCAGCUGCUUCUAGGUGUAGGCAGAAGAGGAAAGUGUGGGUGCAGUCCUUGGAGAAGAAAGCAGAAGACCUAGGUUCAUUUAAUGUACAGCUACAGAAUGAAGUCACCCUGCUGAGAAAUGAAGUGGCACAGCUGAAACAGCUUCUUCUGGCUCAUAAAGAUUGCCCUGUAACCGCCAUGCAGAAGAAAUCUGGCUAUCAUAAUGCUGAAAAAGACGAGAGCUCCGAAGACAUUUCAAUGCCCUGCAGUCCACAGACUGAAGCAAUUCAACACAGUUCAAUCAGCACUUCCAAUGGCGUGAGUUCCACCUCAGUGGCAGAAGCAAUAGCAACAUCUGUUCUCACCCAGAUGGCAGACCAGAGCACCGAACCAGCUGCCUCACAUUCUGCCGUGGCACCACCUCCUCCUCCACCUCCUCAGCCUCCAGGAAGUUGAUCGCAAACCUAUUAUUGCACCAACUCUUCGCAACCAUCGAGAGGAAAAGUGCAUUAUAGA